AUGCCUUUUGAACUCAGCAAUCGUAGCGAUGGCCCGCUACGUGUUCCUGGGAUAAAUGGAAUCCCUUUAGAAUAUGAGUUACCCGUCGGUCAGCGUUUCGCAUAUGGGGUGGCCGACUGGCGGCGCGAUCCGCGGUUGACAAAGCCUGAAAUGUCGAUGCUUCAUUUCAUGGAGUAUGUCACAGAACAGCCUGGCUGGGAAUCUGCUAUCGAAUCGGAUGGGUUAAUAACUGAACAAUGGCAUCAAAAGGCUUUCUGCACGUUCGAUCUCACUUCAAGGGCGUGGGAAUGGUGCCUAGCCGAGCUACAAGUUAAAGCCCGGGAGUCCAAACGGACCGGUUACGUUAUUAUCAAAGACGGCGACUCACCUGUUGCCAAAUCGGACAGAUUACUGUCGUUGAGUCUCCUGCAAAAGUUACAAAAGGGAUUGCAACCACUGCUCGACGAUUGGACCCCGUUGUCUGAUGAAUUGGGCAAUUCCAGUCCGCUACGCCAUUUAGUGGAUCCCUCGUUGCAUCCCUUGGUGUAUGAGCGGACCCAUGUCCUUAUUGAUGGCGGACGACACUGGCUUGAUCCUUCCGGGCCCUCACCUCAAACCAGCGUUCGAAAAAUUCCUCGACCGACGAUACCCCGUAAGGAUUCCUUUGAUUUUCUCACACCAAAGACUUACUAUGAAAACCCGUAUGGCCAUAGAGACGAUGAGCGAGGAGAAAUAAAAGCAACUUUCUUCUCUGACAAGUUUCAGUGGCUUCCUUGCGAAGUGGAAUUCCCAGACGGACCUGGUCGCCCGAGGAUUACCUCUUACAUCAAUAACCUUCCCUGGGUUCAGGAUGGAGCAUACAAAGCCUUUGAAGAGCUCCUUGCUCAGGUUAUUCCUCUCUGGAACGAGGUAUUGGUCAUUGGAAAACAAGGAAGGAAGCCAAUGCGAAUUCGUACUUAUGAUAUUCCCGAGCGUCAUAGAGAGGAAAGACUUCAGAAGCGGACUGAUUUGCACCCGUUGUACCGUUCUCCAAGGUCAGCCUUCACCGACGAACAGUGGAGUGAGCUUUGUGCUAAAGUCAAGUCGUACCUUGCCCUCCCCGAAUAUGACAAUCUGAAGGGCCUCCGUGUGCACAAUUCGCCAGACAAAUUCCCAGCCGAUAUUUUCGGCAGCAUGACGACUAAACAGUGGAACUCGCCCAAAACGUUGACCAAAGUUAUGGAGGAGAAGUUUCGCCGUAGGAAUAUCUAUGAACUUCCCGAGCCAGGCAUUAGUUUCACAUACGACGAAUGGAAGCGAGGAAAAAACACCAGUCAGCCGGUGAUGCCUCGUGUGAACGUCUCUGAACCUAACGAGCCUUUUGACCCAAUUCUCGACCAUGAGUACUACAGCAUCAACCUGCCAGGUAUUGGGGAUGGUCUUCAGGUAAUUUUCAAAGUGUCUAGCGUUGAUCUGACGCCUGAGAGACCUUCCUACGAGGGAGACUCGGACUUCCAAGUGGCCGGUAUGUUGAAUGAGCGAAUUGUGGCGACUGCUGUGUGUUUCUAUGAUGUUGAGAACAUCGGAGGGGCCCGAAUCUCCUUUCAACAAGAGGCCCGCAUGAACGAAUACGAGUUCAACUUGUUUUACCCGGAGAUGAUCGAACUGGCUUGGGAUAUUCCACAUUGGGAUUACUCUGCGAAUCCACCUCCACCUCCUCCGCAAGCCCUUCAGGAUCUCGGUUCCAUUGCCACUACCAACAAUGGCCGGUUACUCGCCUGGCCCAACACCUUGCGUUACAAGGCUGAACCAUUCUCCCUGCUUGAUUCUUCGAGACCAGGCCACCUUCGCUAUAUUACGAUUCACCUAGUUGAUCCUCACUACCGGAUCUGCUCCACCAGAAACGUUCCUCCUCAGCAGCAUGACUGGUGGCUCAAGGCAAGGGAGAUGUCCAAUAAUCUCCAUGGAGCACCACUGCCGGACGUCAUGGAUACGCUAGGUCUGCAGAUGGAAGUCUUGCCCAUGACUGUACAGGAGUCUCUUGAGGUCCAGAAGGAAACAGAUUUAGAGAGAGAAACAGCCAUGGGCAAGUUACGUAGUCGCGUUGCCACGGGGGACUACAUGUUCGAAGAUUUUCUAGUAAUCGCAACUGACGGUUUUCCUCCAAAAAAAUAG